GAGGGGCCUGGGGUCGCUGAUUGGUUCAAGGAAAGCACCAUAACUACAAGGAGUUUAUAUUCAUUCAACUUGUUGAAGUGCUCCUGCUGCAGCCUGGAGAGACGUCUGUGCUUGGACUGUGGCUACGAGAGAGUCUGGAUUCAUCCAGCAGUGAUCUUGAUGGUGGACUACAAGUUCUAACAUGGACUGAUUUGAUCCAAAUCUUUGGCAAAAAUGGCAAACGCAGACAGUGAGGUCAAGACGUUGCUGAAUUUUGUGAAUUUGGCAUCCAGCGAUAUCAAAGCGGCCUUGGACAAGUCAGCUCCGUGCAGACGCUCCGUGGAUCACAGGAAAUAUCUGCAGAAACAACUGAAGCGUUUCUCUCAGAAGUACUCCAGAGUCCCAAGAUGCCACACGCACAGGUCUGCUGAGUAUGGGUGCGCCAAACCGGUAGGGACAGUUCACCAGAGUGUGAAGGUCGCAGAGAAGGUCAGUUCGGAUGCUCAAGGUAUGGAGAAUGUGGGGAGCGCUGUGGAGCAGGUGCCCAUGAGGAAACGCCAACUACCAGCCUCAUUUUGGGAGGAACCCAAGUUGACCCAAACUAAGAGGGAGCACUCACAUUUAGGACUAAGAAAAAACCCUGCGGGCACAUCUGAGGACAGUGAAAACGAAAAUAGGAAAAGGAGUUAUGAUGAUGAUGCAAAGGCCACUCUGUCUGCCUCCAGUCGACGCAGCACUGCGGACAAAGACACGCUGAAAUUAGACCUGACCUCUCACCACUGUGUGAGUGUGUGCGGCUGCUGCCCCUUCCAGUACCACGGACACCAGGUCCUCCACAGUCACAUUGUUGUCCCCCAUCCGCCCCAGGGACUGUGGAGCAAAGCAGCAGGGACUGAAACAGAGAGACCUGUGCAUCCUUAUGGACAGAAAAUUCACACACACGUUGUGGUCAAACCCAUACCGACCAAACCCACCGUCCAGUCACCGAUCUUCAGUGUGUUUGGAUUCAUUUAAUUACCCUACUAAAGGACCAGUCACACACACAAAACAGUGUAAAUAGGACUAAUUAUUUUCAUUUUGUGUUCUACACAGACAACUCUUUCUCUCUCAGCAUUUGUACAAGAGACACUUCCUCAAGCACUUAUUGGAAUGCUUCAUCUAUUUUUAUUGUUUAAAUCUAAAGGACUAAGUUGCACUUGCAGAAUAACUUCAACAUGUUCACUUUCAUUGCCAGUCUGAUGCCUCCAAGUAUCUGAAAACUGACAGUAAGUUCAAAGGUUUCUACUUUUAGAGAAUGACUUGAUGUUCUUUUUUUAAGUACAAAAAGUCAUGCAAAUGAAUGAAAGCAUCCUGUUUUAGUUUCCUCUUUCAACUAUGAGAAUACAAUGUGGGACAUAGAUUGCUUUUUUCUUUGUCAAAGUAAUGUUUGAUAGGCACAUUUGAAACAAUGGCUUUUAUUUUUAAAUAAAUGAUUCAACUUCUCUAAAGAA